AUGGAGAUCCUUGGGAUUUCAAAGCGUUUGAUCUUCCUUGUAUUGGUUUUUGUGUCCUUGCAUAUUUUGCCUUGUCUUUCUUUUACUUCCUUUGUGUUUGGAGACUCCCUCGUCGAUGCUGGAAACAAUGACUAUCUUUUCACCCUCUCUAAGGCGGAUUCACCUCCUUACGGCAUUGACUUCAAGCCUUCUGGUGGGCAGCCCACCGGAAGAUUCACCAAUGGCCGAACCAUUCCAGACUUAGUAGGUCAAGCCCUUGGAGCUUUGUCAUUUCCACCACCUUACUUAGCCCCAAAUACUCAAACUGAUGCAAUUAGCAGAGGAAUAAACUAUGCUUCUGGAGCCUCAGGCAUAUUGGAUGAAACAGGAUCAGUAUUUAUAGGAAGAGUUCCAUUAAGGGAGCAAGUGAAGUAUUAUGAGCAAAGUAGAAACUACAUGGUGAGUGUAAUGGGGGAGAAUCGUACAAAUGAAUUCUUGAAGAAGGCAAUCUUCUCUCUUACUACUGGGUCCAAUGACAUAUUGAAUUAUGUCCAACCAUCAAUACCCUUUUUUCGUGACAAGGUUUCCCCCUCCACGUUCCAAGAUUAUAUGGUUUUUAACUUGACCUCACACCUUAAGCGAUUACAUGAAUUGGGGGCUAGAAAGUUCGUUGUGGUUGGGAUUGGACCACUAGGAUGCAUACCAUUUGUGCGUGCGAUCAAUUUACUAGGAAGUGGAAAAUGCUCAGCUGAGGUGAAUGGAUUGAUCCAAAGUUACAAUAAGAAACUGAAGACAACGCUAGACCAAUUAAAUCACCAGUUGGGACCAGAAGCCAUCUUUGUAUAUGCAAAUUCCUAUGAUGUUUUUUGGAGGAUCAUGCUCGAUUAUCGUCAUUAUGGGUUUGAGGAUGCCAAUAAACCCUGCUGUGGAGGAAACUUGACACCAUUCGUUUGCUUUGAGGGCCGUAAUGAAAACAAAACCUCUGGUCUAUGUGGUGAUCGAUCAAAGUACGUGUUUUGGGAUGCAUAUCACCCAACAGAAGCUGCGAAUAUCAUAAUUUCCAAAGUGUUGUUGGAUGGUGAUAAAAGCAUUAGCUUUCCUAUCAAUAUCCGGGAGCUUUACAGCGGCAAGUCUUAA